AUGACUCUCCUUCAGUUCCUGCGACAAGCUCGUCUGGUGCACCACCAGUUCGUCUCGGGUGCCUUAUCCGAUUCCCCUAUCUACGUGAUCGGCAAUUCAUCUGCCGACCUUGACUCCAUCGUAUCGGCAAUCAUCUACUCCUACUGCGCGAACAACCGUCUCCCAGUUCAGUCUCCAAGACCCCAUAUCCCAUUAUUGAAUCUGCCCAAUGUACCAGCAGGCUCAGAACUUUCUCGCCUGCGACCUGAGUUUGUCACCGCACUAUGGUCGUCCACAAACUUCCCCGCUCUGAAGAAUGAAGAGAAAUUUGAGAAUACCCAGCACUCAGCGGGGAACCUCUUACGCGAUCAUAUUGUGACCGUUGCGGAUUUCACACAGUUCCUACAAGACCAGAAAGUCUUGAAACAGAUCAUCGCUGAGGCAACAUUAGUGGACUGGAACGCAUUGCCAUGCCCUUCAAAGAUUGAUAAGGGUUUCGGGUCUCUGACCAGUUUGUCGGGUGUCUCUUUCCGGGCAUUGGGAUGCAUUGAUCAUCAUAUCGAUGAGAACUAUAUGCCUAGUGCAGAUUCACUCCCCAAAAAUCAACCACUGAUCAUCCAGCCUGGACCGGGCUCGUGUGCAUCUCUCAUCGUCCGAGAGCUACAACGACGAGACCUUUGGGCAGAAGACACAGCGGAAAUGGCCCAGCUCGCAAAGCUUGCUCUUUCUGCUAUCUUGAUCGAUACAUCAAACCUCACUGCGGAAGGAAAGGUGACUGAUGUAGAUCGUGACGCUGUUCAAUCCCUGUGGAAACAGGUUGAAGGACAACAUGAAGUCUCAGCCAAUGGGCUCAAGUGGGAGAUGGAUGAAUUAUACGAGGCCGUCUUGAACGCCAAGAAAAAUAGCCUUGACCUACUUACAGUGGAGGAGGUGUUAGACCGUGACUAUAAAGAUUGGACCGAGACAUCACAGUCUUCUGGCCAAAGUGUCAAAAUAGGCUUCUGUUCGUCUGUCAAACCAAUCAGGUGGAUUGUACACAAGGCAGGCAAGCCGGAUCAAUUCCUUCAUGCGGCACGCUCCUUCGCAGCUUCGGCCGAGAAGGACUUGGAUGUACUUGUCGUGAUGACUGCGUUCACUGCGAAAGAUGGCCAGUUCUGCAGAGAACUCUUCAUCGGGGUAGCGCGUGAAAACGAGGCAGCCCUAGAAGGCGCAAAAGCAUUUUUUGAGCAAGCCUCUUCUCAGCUUGGGUUGAUUGAUUGGUCUCCACGGGAUGCGGAGGACAUCCCUGACCUCGCAGGAGAUUGCACUUCUGCGUUGAAUGCAGACUCGCCACUUUGGAGGAGAUUGUGGGUGCAGACGAAUGCUGCUGGAAGUAGGAAACAAGUUGCGCCGUUGCUACGGACAGCCGUGGCUAGAUUGUAA